AGCAACAAAAUGUUCACGUUAGUUAAUGAACAAAAAAAUGAUAAGAAAAAUAUCUUGUCAAGAUAAGUAAAAGAUCUUUCUCUCUCUUUCUCUCUCUCUCUCUCUCUCAUUCUUUCUCUCUCACUCUCCCUCUUUCUCUCUCUCUCUCUCUUCCUGUUUCAUAAGAGUUAGAAAAUAAUUUGUUUACAAAAAAAAUGAUAUAUAAUCUUUAUCAGUCGAUUACAUUGACUUUAAAUGUCAAAUCACGCCUAUUUGCAAUGUUAUAGAUACUUAUAAACAUUCGUCACGUGAUUAAACUCCCCUAAUACGUGCGAUAUGUGCUGUUCACGAAUAUUAGUAUCCUGACGUUCGAACGUACGGAUCAGUCCGUUAGCAACCGCUGAAGAGUGACUAACAGAAAUUUUUCGUGCUCUUACGGAAGAAAAAAAAUUUCGAAGUGGACAACAAUUAUUGAAGUCAACGUGAGUCGUAGAAAAAAGAAAGGAAGAUCGAACAUUUCUCACCUGAUAUUGAUAGAGUUGUCAAGAAAACUUUAAUAUGCUGACUGCUUUAUUUUGCAUUUUGUCGAUCCUAUGGAUCCAGAAGACAAUGGCAAGCGUGCUUGUUGCUGAUACAACAAUGUCCAGAAUGGUAGAAUUAAAUGCCGGCGAACCAAUAUGUUCUCUUUACAAUGAUCGUGGUGUGAUACAGAAAAUGAUAUUUGGCGCAGAUCCGAAGAAAGUUCGACAAAUGCCGAGCAAUCUUGUUGCCGAUCUCGAAGAGACUUGUUUGGCUUCGAAAGAAAACAAUCGAACACCAGGAGGUGGAUUGAUAUAUCCUGGAACAAAAUGGUGCGGCCCGGGAAACGUGGCAGCUUCUUAUAACGAUUUAGGUCAUCAUGCGGCAGAAGAUGCAUGUUGUAGAGAACACGAUCAUUGUCCAAUAGCGAUAUCAUCUCAACAAUGUAUACAUGGUAUAUGUAAUAAUUCACCUUUCACACGUUCGCAUUGCGACUGUGACGCCAAAUUUCGAAGAUGUUUGCAAAAUCUUAAUACUGAGGUUGCCAACACUAUCGGUGCUCUUUUUUUCAAUGUUAUACAAGUAACUUGUUUCAAAGAGAGACGACCGUGCUCAGAAUGGCAAAGAUCCUCCGAAAAGUGUAUUCCAUAUUGGAAACAAUCACCGAGUUACGAGCCACUCGAUUUUGACAAGCGUAAAGAAAUUGGAAAAAGUAACAAGUUUUUAUAUCAGACACCAUUUUCAAAGUUCGUCGAGGAAGUGCUUGAUAGAUUAAAACGUGUCCACAAGAAUGUAAUGAAUUAUUUUCAAGAUCGUUGAAGAGAGAGAUUAAUUGAAGAAUGGUUAUGCCGAAGCGGUGUCAAAUAGAUUAUGCUCACAGUACAAGUUCCGACCAAGUGAAAAAUACGUGCCAUUAAUGCCAUUGAAUAUGAAUAUAUGAAUUCGGAAACAGCGAAAGGACAACCCGGGUGGUGGUUAAAAAAAAAAGAAAGAAGAAAGAUGAUAGAUCGCUAGAAUUAAUAACCACGACGGGAAACUCGCGAUGAUUACUUUUAUUCAUAUCACUUGUCCUUUUUGCUUUACGGAAUUUUAUGAGGUGUGAUCGAUGCGGCUUAUAUAAAUGUAUACGUAUGUAUGUAUGUAUAUAUAUAUAUAUGUAUGUAUAUAUACAUAUAUAUAUACACACUUCUGGAUUUAUUUCGAAUUCGAUUGAAGACCAGAGACUCUAUAAUAAUAUUAAUACAUAUCUAUUUUACACUUAUACGUGUAUACAAAUGUGGAUACAAGUUUUGGUUUCUUUUUUUGUUAUAUUGCAAAUAAUUCGUAUUGCAUGAAAUUUUUUCGAUAUAUUAUUAUUCCAACGAUAUUAUCAAUAGUAUCUUUUAUAUAUAUAUAUAUAUUACGAAAGAGGUAAGAAUUAAUUAGUAAUUAUUAGUAAUAAAAUAUUAAACAUAUGUAAUCUCUUAUAAAUAUUUUAUAUUAAUUUAUAGUGAUAAUUAUAUUGUAGUAUAUAGAUAAUAUCAAAGAUUAUAUAUUUUUAAGAUAUUAUAAAAUGCAGAGUGUGUUAAUUUCGAAUAGAAUGUAUUUGUUAAUUUUAUUAAUGAUUUAUUUUAUAAUAUGUAACUUGUGAAAAACGAAUUUAUUACCUUGUCUCAAUUGUAAAGAAAAUCUGUAAUAUCGACGUUUACUAUUGUAUUGUGUUGGUAAAUGAUAUCGGUCGAUAAUUUGUUAUAACGACCUAUAGUAUUUCUAUUAUAUCCUAUUGACCAUGUUUCUCUUUGUACCAAUGUAAUUAUAUUAAAUUACUUAAUAUAUGAAAUAUUUAACUUCAUAUGAAAUAUUAAAUAUGGCAUUUAUCAUGA